AUGAGUGGAAUGAUAGAAAAUGGGUUACACCUGUCGGACAAUGCUAAAGCUCUACACAGCCAGAUGAUGUCAAAAGGUAUAGGCGCAUUAUUUACGCAACAAGAACUUCAAAAGCAGAUGGGAAUCGAAUCAUUAACGGACUUGAUGUCCAUUGUACAGGAAUUGCUAGAUAAGAAUUUGAUCAAAUUAGUAAAACAAAACGAUGAAUUAAAAUUCCAGGGUGUUUUGGAAGCGGAGGCACAAAAGAAAGCCACCAUGUCAGCUGAAGAGGCAUUAGUAUAUUCUUACAUCGAAGCCAGUGGUAGAGAAGGGAUAUGGUCCAAGACUAUCAAGGCAAGAACCAACCUCCACCAGCACGUAGUCCUGAAAUGUUUAAAGAGUUUAGAAUCUCAAAGAUAUGUGAAGAGUGUCAAGAGUGUGAAGUUUCCUACAAGAAAGAUCUACAUGCUAUACAGUUUACAACCGUCUGUGGACAUCACAGGAGGGCCAUGGUUUACAGAUGGAGAACUAGAUAUAGAAUUCAUCAAUAGUUUAUUGACUAUUGUCUGGAGGUUCAUAUCAGAGAACACCUUUCCUAAUGGCUUCAAGAAUUUCGAAAACGGACCCAAUAGGAACGUCUUUUAUGCUCCAAAUGUAAAGAACUAUUCUACUACGCAGGAAAUCUUGGAUUUCAUUACAGCAGCCCAAGUAGCCAAUGUCGAGUUGACACCGUCAAAUAUCAGGUCUCUGUGUGAAGUCCUGAUGUACGACGAUAAACUGGAAAAGGUCACACACGACUGCUAUAGAGUAACCUUGGAGAGUAUUUUACAAAUGAACCAAGGUGAGAGUCAAAUGGAGGCAGGAAACCAAGCAUCAGAGGAUGAAGAAGAAUUUUCCAUAUUUAACUAUUUCAAGAUGUUCCCCGCCUCCAAGCAUGACAAAGAAGUGGUCUAUUUCGAUGAAUGGACAAUUUAA